CUUAGUUUUAUUUUAGAGAAAAAAAGAUUAUUUGUUUUUCGAGGGAAAAUCCGAGUUCUAUCCCUUUUCUUGCCGAUCUAAUGAUCUAUCAUACUUCUCUCUCAAGCUCUUUUUUUUUGCCGAUCUAUCAAACUUCUCUCUUAAGUAAAGAUAUUAUUCGAACUGUUUAAUUGUAAUACUCCGUAUGUGAUUUCCGUUGCUAAUUUGGAUCCUCCCGACCCCUCGAAUUCAUUUUUCCUUGUUGGGAGUUGUUUGAGGGAAAAAACCGAACUCCAUUGCGAAAUACUAGUAAUUAUACUUCGAGGUCCAGACUAGGGUUGAUAUGGUGUUAAUGAAAAGUACAGAGUAAAUUGCUAGAAUAUUAGAAACAUUAUCAUUUAAAUGACAUAAUUCAGUUGGAGAAUGUUUUGGUUAGUUUUAUCUACGCUUCACAUCCGAGAGCUAAUUGAGAUUUGAGUUUGUUAUAUGAAUUUCUUGAAACUAUAAUCAUUUUCAUUGCUGCUGAGGAUUGGAUUUUGGGUUUUGUGGUAGAAUUGAUACAAAUUCUGGUGUUUGCAGAUCGAUCUGUUUGACAGUUCAAUGUGUACUGCUGGUAGUUUUAUUUGUAAUGUAAUCUAUGAAUACUAAUAACAAGAAGACUUUGAAGAGAUCAAGACUUCAAGAUCAUCAUACUGUGAAAUGCCACUUACCGACACAAAUGUUUCUAAGCCUCUAGAGAAUUGCUUCAUGUUUCCUAUUGAGGAGAUAGUACAGUUUCCACUGCCUGGCUAUGGAGUACCGACAUCUAUUAGUUUCAGCCCUGAUGACAGUCUAGUGACAUUUUUGUUUAGUCCCGACCAAAAUCUGAAUAGGAAGAUUUAUGUAUUUGAUCUCAAGAAUGGCAGACAAGAAUUGUUAUUCAGUCCUCCUGAUGGUGGUCUUGAUGAAAAUAAUAUAUCGGCAGAAGAGAAAUUGAGAAGGGAGAGGUCACGGGAACGUGGAUUGGGUGUAACACGCUAUGAAUGGGUGAAGACAAACUCAACAAGGAAGACCGUUAUGGUACCGUUGCCAGCUGGGAUAUAUUUCAAGGAUCUUAUGGGAGAACUUGAACUUAAGAUUCCAAGUACCUCAUCAAUGCCUAUUAUGGAUCCACAUAUUUCACCUGAUGGAUCAAAACUUGCUUUUGUCAAAGGCAAUGAGCUGAAUAUAUUCGACCUUAUCUACAAUAACAGCAGCCAAUUAACAUCUGGUUCCAAUGGAAACAUCAUUGUGCAUGCUCUUGCUGAAUAUAUUGCCCAGGAAGAAAUGGACAGGAAGAAUGGGUUCUGGUGGUCACUUGACGGCAAGUUUUUAGCAUUUACAAAGGUUGAUUCAUCUGAUAUACCUUUUUUCAGAAUCAUGCACCAAGGUAAAAGUUCGACCGGUCCAGAGGCACAGGAGGACCAUGCUUACCCAUUUUCUGGGCAACCAAAUGCAAAAGUUCAAUUGGGGGUAGUGUCUUCAAAUGGAGGUCCUGUAACCUGGAUGGAUGUUGUGUGUGGAGGAAAGUUUGUUACAGAUGAUGAUGAUGAUGAUGAUGAUGAAUAUUUGGCUAGGGUGAAUUGGAUGUAUCAAAAUAUCCUUGCUGCUCAGGUAUUGAAUAGAUCACACACCAAAUUAAAGUUACUGAAGUUUGAUAUCAACACUGGUAAAAAAGAAGUACUUUUGGUUGAAGAAAAUGAUACCUGGAUCAAUCUUCAUGAUUGCUUCACUCCUUUAGAGAUUGGACUGAAUAAAUCUUCCGGGGACUUUCUUUGGGCAAGUGAAAAAACUGGCUUCAGACAUUUGUAUCUGCAUGAUUAUAAUGGAACAUGCCUGGGUCCCUUAACUCAAGGUCAUUGGAUGGUUGAGCAAGUUGUUGGUGUAAAUGAAGCUGUUGGGCUCGUAUACUUCACCGGAACAUUAGAUAGUCCUUUGGAGUCUCACCUUUAUUGUUCUAAAUUGUUCCCUGAACCAAACGGUUCUCUAAAGGAACCAUUAAGAUUGACUCUGGGAAGGGGAAAACAUGUGGUUGUGCUUGAUCAUCAGAUGCAGAGGUUUGUAGACAUUCACGAUUCGUUAGUCUCACCUCCCAAAAUCUCAUUAUGCUCCUUGCAUGAUGGAAGUUUCAUAAUGCAUUUGCAUGAUCAACCAAGCAGUAUUCCAAGAGUCAAAAUGCUCCAGCUUGAACCUCCGGAGAUAUUUCAGAUACAAGCAAAAGAGGGGACUACGCUAUAUGGAAUACUAUAUCGACCAGAUGAAACAAGGUUUGGACCUCCUCCAUACAAGACAAUGAUUCAUGUAUAUGGGGGUCCUGGUGUGCAGCUUGUCAAUGAUUCAUGGGCAAACACAGUUGACAUGAGAGCUCAAUUUUUGAGAAGCAAAGGAAUUUUAGUUUGGAAGAUGGAUAACAGAGGCACUGCUAGACGAGGACUCAAGUUUGAAGGAGCACUCAAGUACAACUGUGGUGGUGUUGAAAGUGAGGAUCAAGCAACGGGAGCUGAGUGGCUUCUCAAACAUGGGCUUGCCAAGGAAGGUCACAUUGGGCUCUAUGGGUGGAGCUACGGCGGAUAUCUAUCGGCUAUGACACUGACAAAGUUUCCAGAAGUGUUCAAGUGUGCUGUUUCGGGUGCUCCUGUGACAUCGUGGGAUGGAUAUGACACAUUCUAUACUGAAAAGUAUAUGGGACGCCCUUUGGAAAACCAGUCAGGGUAUCUUGAGAGCUCUGUGAUGCACCACAUCGACAAGUUAGAGGGAAAGCUGUUAUUGGUGCAUGGCAUGAUUGAUGAGAAUGUGCAUUUCAGACACACUGCCAGGCUCAUUAAUGCCCUUGCAGCUUCUAGAAAGUUCUAUGAGUUGCUCGUGUUUCCCGAUGAGCGUCACAUGCCUAGGCGGCACAGGGAACGCAUCUACAUGGAAGAGAGAAUAUGGGACUUCAUUGAAAGGAACUUGUGAAUGCUCUUUCCAUCUCUUCCAGAUAUGCUGUUUGUUUCUCUUGUUUCGGAAGAUAAGACAUUGGUGUUCAUAUUCAGCUACUCCAGCUUUUCAAAUAUCUUUUUGCAAAUUCAAGAGGCUUUCAAAUUAUAGCUUCUGGUCCUGUUCAAAUUUGGAGAAGGCUUUCUAAUUAGGCCCCGUUUGGCAUCAACACUAAAGAUUAGCGGUGGUGUUAUGAAAAAGCGGUUUUUAGCGUUGGUGUUUUCAUAAUUAAUCUACACCAUUAAAAUUUUAUCAAAAACAUUAAUGGGGGGGGGGGGGGGGNCUUAUAGCAGAUGGAGCGUCUAGCCCCCAUAACCCCAUCUAAUCCAGAUAUUUCUUCCUCUUAUGCUUCUUUUGGCGCGCACACCACCUCAACACGUGUAUCGGAGUUGGCCUUUGAGAGGUUCUAGGGUGUCGGCCAGGCAGGGAUCACAAAGAGUAUAGGGU